AUGCCCACAACGAUGCGCAAGCGGCAGCGCAAGGCCGACCCGCUACCGACCCCCGACCGCCCCUACCUCGCCCUCGGCCUCGAGGGAAGCGCCAACAAGCUCGGCGCCGGCGUCGUCCUGCACAAGCCCCUCGACCCGGCAUCGCCGCUCGGCAAGGGCGCCACCAUCUCAUCCCGCGCAGUCGGUCAGGUAGAGGUCCUCUCAAACGUACGACACACCUACGUCACCCCGCCAGGGCACGGCUUCCAGCCCUCGGACACAGCCAAGCACCACAAGGAGUGGAUCAUCAAGGUCGUCAAGGAGGCGGUGCGCAGGAGCGGCCUCGACAGCCUCGACGACGUCGACUGCAUAUGCUACACAAAGGGUCCCGGAAUGGGCGCACCCCUCCAGUCGGUCGCCCUCGUCGCCAGGACCCUCUCGCUCCUCUACCGCAAGCCCCUCGUCGGCGUCAACCACUGCGUCGGCCACAUUGAAAUGGGCCGCACCAUCACCGGCGCGGCCAACCCCGUCGUCCUCUACGUCAGCGGCGGCAACACCCAGGUCAUUGCCUACUCGGCCCAGCGCUACCGCAUCUUUGGCGAGACGCUCGACAUUGCCGUCGGCAACUGCCUCGACCGCUUCGCCCGCGUCAUCGGCCUCAGCAACGACCCCAGCCCGGGGCAGAACAUCGAAAAGGAGGCCAAGAAGGGCAAGCGGCUCGUACCCCUGCCGUACGCGACAAAGGGCAUGGACGUCUCGCUCGCCGGCAUCCUCAGCGCCACCGAGGCCUACACGCGCGACAAGAGGUUCCGACCCAACGCGCCCCGGUCACACGACGACGCUCCCGUCGGCAGCCUCGCAAACGGCCAGACGUGGAGCGGGGAGGGAGGAGGCAAGCACAUCGUCAACCUCGGCGCCGACCCAGCGCGCGCGACAGAGACGGAACCCGAGGGCGAGACGACGGCCGACGCGGACGACGUGAACGCCACACUAGACGACUCCAAGGUCGACGUCUCGCAGGCGGGCAUCGAGCAGCUCGACGCAUCAGUAGACGUCAUCACCCCGGCCGACCUGUGCUUCAGCCUGCAAGAGCACAUCUUCUCGAUGCUGGUCGAGAUCACCGAGCGUGCCAUGGCCCACAUCGGGAGCAAGGAGGUGCUCAUCGUGGGGGGCGUGGGCAGCAACGAGCGUCUGCAGCAGAUGAUGGGCAUCAUGGCGGGCGAGCGCGGCGGCAGCGUGUUUGCCACCGACGAGAGGUUCUGCAUCGACAACGGCAUCAUGAUCGCCCACGCGGGCCUACUGUCGCAUCGCAUGGGCCUCGAGACGACGCUCGAAAAGAGCACCGUCACGCAGCGGUUCCGCACCGAUGCUCCCCUGAUUUCGUGGCGAGCAUGA